AUGGCGAGGACCAAGGCAUCUGUAGGUGCAAAGGUGUCUAUGGGUAAAAGCAGCAAGGCAAGAUGUAGUGCUGCUCCACCACCAAGUAAUAGCAGUUCAUCAGGUGAAAGGUCUUCUCGGAGCUAUUCUGGUGGUAAUCCUGUCUGUCCUCGAGAUAUCCCUAAGUGGCAGAAGCCAAUAACAACAUUUAUUUUUACAAAAGAAAAAAAAAUAAUAGAAGAUUCCGAUGCUGGUAGCUCAAAAUCAAAACUAAAACGCCAGAUCAUAUAUUCAGAUGAAGAAAGUGAUGCAGAAAUAAAAAAUAAUAAUGGUGAUAUGAAAAAUGAAGUUGAUAGAAGUGACAAUACUAAUGAAAUAGAAAAUGUGGAAAGCCAAGUGUAUGCUGAUAGUCAAGUGUUAGAAGGCGAAGUGAAAGAAAAUAUAGGCAAAGAAAAUGUAGACGAUAAAAGUGAACUUGUUGAGAGUCAAAUAUAUGGAGAAAGUCAGGACUAUGACUUAAUAGAAUCACCACCAAAGAAUAGGGAACUAGAUGAAUCUAUAAUAUUAGAACCUCUGACUGGUGAAAGUAGUCAUAAGUUAGAGGAAUAUUAUCCAAAAACAGCAAAAAAGUCUAAAGGAGUCAGUAAAAUUAUCAAAGAAAAUUUCAAUAAUAAAGUUAAACGUAACUUGGAUGAUGCUUAUGAAGAGUCACCAAAUAAAAAGAUGAGAAUAGAAUGA